UCCUCCUCUCUCUCCUCUUCUCCGGCCACCGUUAAAUACCUCGCCGCCGACCACCACCGCCUCCACCUCCGCGGCGGUCCUGACCCCACCGCGGCGGCAUGGACAGCGACGACGAGGAUAUGCGCGACGUCUCCUCGACCUCCUCCUCCUCCUGCGGCGGCGGAGGAGGAGGGGAUGACGGGGGGUUCGCGGAGGAGCCGGGGGAUGAGGGGGUCAUGGUGAUGGAGGUCAGGUGGUUCGAGGUUGACCUGGAGUACGAGUUCGACGCGCCCAGGUGGUUCGACCUCGCCCAGGAGGAGUCGCCGGUGGAGGCGGCGGCGGCGCAGCUGUGGUUCGCUUCCGCGCCCAGCUACCCGCCCUCUCCCUUAAUUGCUAAGAUGUUGCCUGAAGAUCUUGGGUUGCAAAGUUUAAGAAGCGCUGUGGAUAUAAAUACGGUCCAUUGCUCUAAAUCCUCUCAUGAAUGUUCCAGUGGCUCUGAACAGGCAAUGCAUCAGCCAAAUGUACCAAAUGGAGGUCCCUACAAGCCCAAUGGAAGGACACCCUGCUAUCAAUUUUCAGCGGACAAGAGGAAACCUGCCUUUCGAACUAUUGGGAAAGGAACUAUCUCAAAGGGGUCUACACUAAUGAAGCCUACAGCUAGUCAAUUAGCGAGGCAAAACAGACAACUUGAAGUGAAGAAUUCCACACAAAGUAAAAAGUUGGUUGGCGUGAGAAGUGAUAGAAGUACCAUGAGCUCAAACGACUGCACCUACCAAGCUUCUAAAAGACAGAGACUAGAAAGAGGACAUCUCAACAAGAUUGUUGCAACAAACCAACCCGAGUUGAUCCAUAAGAAUCAUGAAAAGAAUAUUAUGAAUAGUAACUCUGAUCAUGCGACCGUUAUACCAAAAUUGAAGAUUACAAUUCCUAGAGAACCUGAAUUGGCAACAAAGCUAAGAGCAGAGAGGUCAAGGAUUCUCAGAGCAGUGCCAACUAACUCAAAGCAGCUAAAUACACAGCGUGGACAAUCCACUUCUAUGACGCAAGCGGCAUCAAUUAGAAAGGUUGUGCAACCUUCUGGCCGCAAAGAUCAUCAACAUGCAAGUGUGCCACAUGGGGGUAUUAGGUCAAAUCUACCAGUGUGUACUUCUAACCGUCCAAGGCAGCUUGACAAUGUAUCUAAAAAGCCGGAUGAGUGCCGAGAUGACUUGUUUAAAUUUAGAGCUCGCCCAUUGGAUAAAAAGAUAUUAGGAAGCAAAGGAGAUAUUGGUGUAUUUCAAAGUUCUAAAAGGAAUACAACAGUUCCUAAGGAAUUUAAGUUGUCAACAAGUAAUAAGGGCAAGCAGGCUCCAUUAUCUGAACUCUUUAAUAAGUUUUUGCAGCUCACUUUAACUGCUGAAGCACACCGUCGUUUAGAUCGACAGGCCGCUGAUCUUCCAAAUUAUAUUACCACCAAGGAUUGCAAAGAGAACAUGAUCGGUAACAUGCAUUGCUAGCUAUGGUAGAUCCAAUCAGUCAAGACAUACAAUACAUAGGAAUUAUUCUCUUUGACAAUUCCUGGCUCAGGUUCCAUUUCUCCACCUGAACAAAGGCUAAGAGUCUGUUUCGGACAGUAGGACCUCGACUUCAUUUGAGUUUUCACAAAGAUGGAGCGAUACAUUAUUUUGACUUGAAGGCACCGACCAUUGUCCGGCGACCUCCGACAAUCUCCCGUCUCGGCACAGCCACCGUCGCCGUGCAGCUGAGCAUAAUUCCGUGCUUUGCUCGUGGCCAUGGCGGAGACCCAUCUGUACAGCUCAGCUAGAGAAACUAACCUAGGUGCCGGUGUGUACUCCAGAUCUGCUGUAACUUGUUGCUGUCAAUCAUCAUUUAGCAAAGUUGCUUGCUUGCUCUCUUCUUCAUACUGCCUUGCAUUGCAUGGCUCUUUUCUCCAUCGAUCAAAU